UACAACACGCAAGCCAAAAAUAUUCGAAAAAUCCAUAUCCUUAUAUAUUUUUUUGGGUUGUAUUUAUAAGCUAAUCCUCGAAAAUGUUAAGGUCACGCUUAAACUUCACGUCCGAUGAUUCCGAACUAAAGAUUAAAGGGGAAGUAAAAAUCUUUCCACCGCGAAAAGACAGCAUCUACGAGGAAACCAGCGAGCAUGUGGCGAGGAAACUGUUCAAGUCAGAGGUCAGCGUCAGGCUGAGCAUGAUAGGGAAAACCGCAGAGGGUGACGGAUACACAUAUGUCAAGGCGAUAUGUACCAACAUGGGUCUCACCAACAUAGACGCGAUGCUCAGCUUCAAACAUCUGCAGUACAUAGACGUAUCCCACAACAAACUCACUUUAGUCAACCUUCAAGUCCUAACGAAACUACCUUACGUUCUGUUUCUACAAGCUGAUGAUAAUAAACUUGAUUCCGCAGCGCUCAACCCCAUGGAGUACCUUCAAGUGAUAGUAAUGAACUACAACAAAAUAACCUCAGUUUCUGAUGUUUACCAACCAGAACUUUCCACUCUGGAGCUCGGUCACAACAAAAUAGACGAAGUUAAGUUUGAAAGGAAGUUGACCAAACUACGCUGCCUUGACUUGCGGUACAAUAAUAUUAAAGUCAUGUCGGAUAUAUGCGAUUUGCAAUGCUUGGACAGUCUCUAUUUGGCAGGGAAUAAGGUCAAAAGUUUGGCGGGGCUUGACAAAUUGGAAAAUUUAAGGAUUUUACAUCUGCGGUUUAAUCCUUUAAAGAAACUCAAUGGGUUGAACAAGAAUAACAGAAAACUCCAAUAUAUUAACUUGCGAAGCUGCAUGGUGGGCACGUUGAAGCAAAUAAAGAAAUUAAAGGUACUUCCCGCCUUAGACACUCUGGUCCUCAAAGGCACUCCCUACUUUGGCGGUACUGGUGAGGAUAUUAAGGGAGGUGAUGACGAUGAAGAGGAGGAAGACCCUGACUUGAGGAUCGAGGUGCUGGCAGCCGUGCCGCGCCUCAAGAAGCUUAACAAGACUGAUUUUACUGAUGAGGAAAGGGCAGAAGCCAAAGAGCUGAUAGCGCAGUGGAUAGAAGAAGGUGAGAAGGAGGAUGAAGAAGAAGAAGAGGCAGAAGACGAAGAAGAGAAAGAGGGAGAACAGGAAGGAGAAGAGCAGGAGAAUGAGAAGGGCCAAGAAGUAGAUGGAGAACAAGAUAUUGAGGAGGAUGAAUAGGUACAGAUCCAACUUUGUUGGAUAGGUACGUACAUAUGGUAUCCUCUUACAUUACUUUAAAUAAUUAAAUACAUUUUAUGGUACUGGAAUAAAUAUUUGUAAU